CCAAUAGCAUGCCUGCUGUGGAAAACGUAGUUCGAGGCUGCUCAGGCGAAUGUCACCAGUACGGUUAUUUGAUGCAAAGAAAGUAACUUUGGAUUCAAUUAAUCCGGACACCGUGCUGGACCUACUCAGGAAGCAUGACGAGGAAGAUCCAGGGCGCUUGCAAGUUAUGCUUGCAUCAUGUCACUUUUCUCCAAAGAAAUCCUGGCUCAUCAAUCCAGUGCUCCAGAAGCUUCAGUACACUCAGGGAAGGAAGGAGGAGGGGUUUAUUAUGGAAGACUCUGGCCACCGUCGCUGUUAGCGUGCCGGUGGCAGCUGGCGUGCGAUACGCCGUUUCGGACCAAAGAGAGCAGCGGAAGAUGAGGAUAGUGACUGAAGGAUUUGUUCGGUUCUGCAGGUCCCUCUCUGUGGGACUUGUGAUAUCAGUGGACUACUGGUGGACCGCCAAUGUGGCUCUUCGGGGUCUGGAUGAGAGCAGCCCAUCCUACACGUCGGCGAUGUCAGCUUGCCACCAAAGAGCAGCGGAGAGCAUGGUGGAGGGCGCCAUCAAGAACGGCGGCAUAUACAUCAAACUGGGUCAAGGUCUGUGUUCCUUCAACCACCUCCUGCCGCCCGAGUACGUCCGCACCCUGCAGGUCCUGGAGGACCGAGCCUUGAACAGGAGAUACAAAGAGGUUGAUGCGCUUUUCCAAGAAGACUUCAACAAAAGCCCACAGGAAAUUUUUAAAACUUUCGAUUACGAGCCCAUCGCCGCCGCCAGCUUGGCUCAAGUUCACAAGGCGGAACUGAUGGACGGAACAUCCGUCGCUGUGAAGGUGCAGUACAUUGACCUCAGGGACCGCUUUGACGGCGACAUCAGGACAUUGGAGAUCCUGCUGGAUAUUGUCAAGUUCAUGCACCCCAGCUUUGGAUUCCGAUGGGUCCUCAAGGACCUGAAGGGGACUCUGGCCCAAGAGCUGGACUUCGAGAACGAGGCCAGGAACGCUGAGAGGUGUGCCGCUCAGCUCAAACACUUCAAAUUUAUCGUGGUGCCCAAAGUGUACUGGGAGCAAACCAGUAAGAGGGUUUUGACUGCAGAGUUUUGCAACGGUUGCAAGAUCAACAACGUAGAAGAAAUUAAAAGACAAGGACUGAGCUUGAAAGAUACAGCAGAUAAGCUGAUCCGAGCAUUUGCCGAACAAAUCUUUUACACGGGUUUCAUCCAUGCUGAUCCUCACCCUGGAAAUGUUCUAGUGAGGCGAGGUCCCGAUAACAAGGUGGAGUUGGUACUUUUGGAUCACGGCUUGUACGAACAUCUCAGCCAACAUGACCGAGUGGCCCUAUGUAAGCUCUGGAGGUCAAUAGUCCUGCGAGACGAGGCAGCGAUGGAAAUCUACUCAAAUGCCUUAGGGGUCAAAGGUAAGGUCAACAAACCCUUUAAAAAAAUAUAUAAUAAUAAUCUCACCUGUGCAGAGUACUUCCUCUUCUGCGAGAUGCUGCUGCAACGGCCCAUCAACAUGCACGAGUUACGCCUGUCCAACGUCUUGAGUAAAGAGGAGACGGCCUACAUGCGGCGGAUGGCCGUGCACCGCUUCAACAGCAUCAUGCAGGUGCUCAAGGCCAUGCCCCGCCCCAUGCUGCUGGUCUUCCGCAACAUCAACACCGUCAGGAGCAUCGUCAUCACCUUGGGAGCGCCCGUCGACCGCUACUUCGUCAUGGCCAAGAGCGCGGUACGAUGCUGGGGGAAGAUCCAGGCAGAGAGGACCAGUAUGCUGCACAGAUUCUGGAUUGUCCGCUGGUUGUGGACCAGAUGGGAGGAUCUCAAGUUUGAGCUCGCUUUAAGAUCAGAGAUGGCAAUGAUGAGUAUGACCCGCUCACUGGUCAACCUGCUGAGCUACUUGGGUCUCAUCUCUCUGGAUUCCGACAUGUACGAUUACCUGAGAUAGCGCUCGGCUCUCCAAGCUCACGGCGGCGACUUUCUCCUUAAAAAGCUACGCACGGGACUUUUCGCCUCGAAGCCGCUCCAGAAAGCUUGCCGGGCUCUCCGAUCACUGUGGGAAGAGUGGGAGGGCUGUAAUAUGCUGAAGAAGCUAAUGUCCUUUUAAAGAAAGUGUUUUGGAUGAUUUGAAAAUCAUAAUGUAAUGGUUUUAUCACAUUUAAAAAAAAAUAUAUAGUAACAUUCAAUUUUGAAGGUUUUAAGCUGCUAUUUUUAAAAUAAAUAGCUGCCAUGACUGUUUGGAAGCAGCUUUAUUAUCUAGUGAUUUGCAUGUUAGGCAAUGUGUGGUGUUUAAAAUGAAUAAUUUCUGCUUGAUCUAUUAUGAAUGUUGGAAUGUGUCACUUUGUAAUUUAACAUGUGCACAAGGACAAUUUUCUGCUUGCAAUUAGGGUCCAGUUUAAAGCAACAACCAAAACUUUCAAGUUUAAGAAUAAAUGAUCCUACCUCA